AUGUAUUGUUUUUUUCAUUUUGAUGAUACAUUAUAUAAAUUUUACAUUUAUAUAUAUGUUUAUUUCGUUUUAAAUAAUAUAAUGAAUGUAAUGGAUUUGUUGAGAGAUAGAGCAUAAGAUAUUAGACUGUUGUAAAAUAACUAAAUGGCAAUUAGACAAAUAAGUAUCCUAUUAUUUGAUUUACUGAGUAUAGGGAGAAGAUUAGAUAAAUAGUCGAAACUGAUUUCUUUAAUUAACUAUCUCAAAUAAAGAAGAUUAGUAAAAAUGAUCUUAUACUAUUGUAACAUACUAUGAAAUUCAUAAUCAGAAUCAUUGCACUUAACUUUGAAGUUCUUUUUUUGAAAAUAUAUAAUAGAUUAAUAAUCUAGAACCUAAUUUAAGUUCAACAGCUAGGAUCAUCCUUGAACUAUAUCAAUAUUUUGGACUAUCAUCUUAAUCAGAAUUAUUAUAGAGUGAAAAGACAAACUAAAACAAAUAGUCAGUUUUUUUGAUUUUAGUUUAACAUCUUAUAGAUAUUACUAGAAUGGCUUUAGAACUAACUAUUAAGAGUUAAACUAAUUUAAAACUUUUUUGUUGGGGAAAAGAAAUAGGAGAAAAAGGGAUUACAAAUAAUAGUAAAGUAGCUUAAUUGAGGAGAGUAUAAAGAAGCGAGUCAAAUCAUCAAGAUAAAGUUUAUUAAUCAAAGAAAUCUAUAUAAAAAUUAGAAACAUAAUAAAUUUAUGAGUCUAUUCCAAAAUCUUAAAGAACAAUAGAAGAUAUUCAACAUUAUAGUAGAGAUACAUCUGUAAUUAGAAAUCAUCAUUAAAGAAAAACUGAAUUGAUUUAAAAUAGUAAAGCACUUCCUUGUAUUUAUUAAAUGAAAUAGAAUCAACUUAAUUUAUAUCGAUAACUAAAAUAGAGAAAUUCUAGUAUUCAUAAUUCAAUCUAGACAUACAUAAGAUAAAUUUACGAUAAAAACACAAUAAUUGAUUGA